AUGAGUGGAAUGAAUUUUACUGAUAAAGUCGAGAAGGCUUUGGGCAUAGCUCAGAGUCUGGCUCGUGAGUUUGGACAUUCUCAAAUCAUGCCUGCACACAUUGCCUGUGCAUUAUUUGAUGAAACCGAAGGUGCUCCUCUAUUCAAAUCUAUUCUCGAGAAAGCUGGUGCUGACCCCAAGAUCAUUGAACGUGGCUACCGAAAGGUUAUGCUGCACUUACCUUCGCAAGAUCCUGCUCCCACUGAUAUUGGUAUUGGUCCUCAAACUGGUAAACUUCUUCGCAAUGCUGAAAAGCACAUGAAGGAUCAAAAGGACUCUUUUAUCUCGAUCGAUCAUGUCAUUUUGGCUUUGUCUGAUGAAGAUGCUACCUUCAAACCCAUGAAAGAAGCAGGUGUUACAAAGAAGGCUCUCGAAUCGGCUGUCUCUCAAGUCCGUGGUAAUCGUCGUGUGGAUUCCAAGAAUGCUGAAGAAGUCUAUGAGGCAUUGGCCAAGUAUGCUAUUGACUUGACACAAAUGGCUCAAACUGGUAAACUGGAUCCCGUCAUCGGCCGUGAUGAUGAAAUCCGUCGUGUGAUUCGUGUGCUGGCUAGACGUACAAAGAACAAUCCUGUGUUGAUCGGUGAACCUGGUGUUGGUAAGACAGCUAUUGUUGAAGGUCUAGCUCGUCGUAUCAUUGAGCGUGAUGUCCCACAAUCGCUGCAAUGCAAGCUCUUUUCUUUGGAUAUGGGUGCUUUGAUUGCUGGUGCAAAGUUCCGUGGUGAGUUUGAAGAGCGUCUCAAGGCUGUUCUGAAGGAGGUCAAGGAAUCUGAAGAAGGUGUCAUCUUGUUCAUUGAUGAAAUUCACACUGUCUUGGGCGCUGGUAAGGCUGAAGGUUCCAUGGAUGCCGCCAACUUGUUGAAGCCCAUGUUGGCUCGUGGUGAGCUCCGUUGUAUUGGCGCUACUACCCUCUCUGAAUACCGUGAAAUUGAAAAGGACCCUGCAUUUGAACGUCGUUUCCAAAAGGUGGAUGUUGGUGAACCCUCUGUCCCUGCUACUAUCUCCAUUCUCCGUGGUCUCAAGGAGCGUUAUGAAAACUACCAUGGUGUCAAAAUUGUCGAUUCUGCAUUGGUCGCUGCUGCUCAGCUCUCUGAUCGCUACAUUACGACUCGUUUCUUGCCUGAUAAGGCAAUCGAUCUGAUUGACGAAGCUGCUGCCAAUACGCGUGUUCAACUUGAUUCCAAGCCUGAAGAGAUUGAUGUGCUCGAACGUAAGCGAUUCCAAUUGGAAAUUGAAGCCAAGGCUCUUGGAAAGGAAAAGAACAACAAGGAGUCCAAGGAGCGUCUGGAGUCUGUCAAGGAGGAAAUGGCCAAGCUGGAUGAAGAGUUGAAGCCAUUGAAGCUCAAGUAUGAAUUGACAAAAGGCCGUCUUGAUGAAAUCCGUGAUUUGAAGCAAAAGUUAGACGACCUUAAAUCAAAGGCUGUUGAAGCUAGAAACCGUUAUGAUUUGGACACUGCUGCUGAUAUCGAGUACUAUGCUAUCCCUGAUGUUGAACAACGUAUUGCUGAACUGCAAGCCGAAAAGCAACGCAAGGUGAAUGAGGAGCUGGCGAACGACACUACCACUGAUAACGCCAUCUUGUCUGAGGUGGUUCGUCCUGAACAAAUCAUGGAGGUUGUCUCUCGUUGGACUGGUAUUCCUGUGCAGAAUUUGGCCAAGAGCGAACGUGAGAAGCUUUUGAACAUGGAAACUGAAAUCAGCAAGCAUGUGGUGGGUCAAGAUGCUGCUAUCAAGGCUGUCUGUAAUGCUAUUCGUCUUUCCAAGGCUGGCCUUCAAGAUCCUCACAAACCUUUGGCUUCCUUCAUGUUCUUGGGUCCUACUGGUGUUGGUAAGACAUUGCUCUGUAAGACACUGGCCGAAUUCCUCUUCAAUGACGAACGUGCCAUGAUUCGUAUUGAUAUGAGUGAAUUGAUGGAACAACACAGUGUUGCUAAAUUGAUUGGUGCUCCUCCCGGUUACGUUGGCCAUGAAGACGGUGGUCUCUUUGAAGCUGUUCGUCGCAAGCCCUAUGCUGUUGUCUUGCUUGAUGAGUUGGAGAAGGCUCACAGAGAUGUUGCCAACGUUCUUUUGCAAGUACUUGAUGAAGGCUUUAUCCAUGACUCCAAGGGUCGCAAGAUUGAUUUCCGUAACACUAUCAUUGUCAUGACUUCCAACUUGGGUGCUGGUCUCUUGGCUGAUCAACACAAGGAUAACAUGAUCAUCUUGAAGGAGAAGAUUCUGGAAGUUGUUCGCAACCACUUUAGUCCUGAAUUCACCAAUCGUAUUGAUGAAUUGGUCAUCUUUAACCGCCUCACUCAAAACAACAUUACUGGUAUCGUGGAUGUGCGUCUCAAGGAGAUUGAAGAGCGUCUCGCUGAUCGUCGCAUUGUACUGCAAGUCUCGGAAGCUGCCAAGGCCUGGCUUGGUGAACAUGGCUACGAACCUGUCUUUGGUGCUCGUCCUUUGAACCGUCUUAUUCAACAACGUGUAUUGAAUCCUUUGGCUAGAUUGAUCAUUGAUGGUGGUGUUCGUAAUGGUGAAAUUGCCCAUGUUGAUCUGGAUGCCAGUGGUCAUAUUGAUAUCAAGCGUAACCAUGAAAGCGAAGCAGGUUAUAUUGAAGAAGAACCCAUGGACGAAGAUGAAGAUCUUGAUAUGGAUUAA